AUGACUGCAUUAGAAGAGAACGUCAACGAGACUCGAGAAUUCUCGUCGGCUUUGCCCCUGGAAAUGAUCGACAUGAUCUUCUCCUAUGUCGAAGACACCGGCGACAUUCACGACUGGUACCGGUUCAGCCUUGUCAACCACAGCUGGUAUUCCGCCGCGACUCCGCGACUCUACCACACCUUCAAGAACAAUGGAGAUUUGGGAGACCGCGAGCGCCUCUGGCAGUUCAUGCGGACGGUUGUCGAGAUGCCGGAUCUGGCCAAGCACGUCAAGGUGAUGAACUUGCUGCAUUGUCUCAAGUACAGCGGACCUAGAAGUGUGCCCCUCGCCAAGCGCCUGUGCCAUGAAUAUCUUGCCACUCUCCAUCGGGGAAUGUACGAGUCGGGACUCGAUUACUACGAGGCAGAGGAGGUGUUGAACGCGCUGCGAGUCGACGACCGACGACCCAUAAUAGCCAUAAUCCUCGCUUGUGUUACCGAUCUCGAGUCCUUGGCCAUGCACGUCAGCUACGACGAUCCGUAUCUUCGCGCCGUCGCAGAGAACGCAGCGAUUCCUACGGGAUCGGACUACUUCACCAAUGACGGGCGCAAAAAGCUCGCUUUCAAGCAGCUCAAACAAUUGUCCCUAGACACGGAUGACCAGCCAUCCUGGAAUCUCCCCCUCCAAGUCGACCGCUACCAGCCGUUCAUCUACUUCCCUCAGCUGCGCGAGAUGAUUUUAUUGCGUGCUUACCUUGACCCAAGUCUAUACUCUUGGCAGUUGUCUGAUGAAGAGAGCACAAUGUCUCACUUGACCAGCGUAACCAUCGACCUGCACAAGGAGACCCUGCUCGAAGAAUUCCUGCAGUUCUUGGACAAGGUUCCGUCAUUGACCAGCCUGUGCGUCGACUUUACAAGCACUCCUCGAUCCGAAUGGGCCCUGCACGGCCCAGCUGCGCUCUGGAAUCGAUUGAUCGAGUACAAAACCACACUCGAGACCCUCGAUCUCUGCGGUGCCAAGAUCGAACGAAACCGGCACGACACCCCGAUAUUUUGUCCCCCCUUGAAAGAAUUCACCAAGCUCAAGUCCCUCAAUAUUGGGACUGACCUGCUGUUGGGUAACUGCAGGAAGCAUCAGGCGCCCUUCAAACUUAUGAACCAUGUUCCGUGUGGACUAGACUUUCUCGGCCUCUAUGGUGACGCAGGGUCCGAUAGAGGUGAUUGGCUGGUGCCAGACGUGGGGACUCAGCUGGAGCUUCUCGCCAUGGGGCGCGAGCCCAAAGUCAUCCAUGUUGAUGGCUAUGGGAAAAGGUGCUGGCCUGUGCUACCGGUCGACAAGCUCAAGAUUGUCUGUCGGCAAAAGCGGAUUGAGUACAGAACUGAACGCUUGAACAGAGGAGGCUCGGGCUCGGAGUUUGCAGGAUCCAGCUAUAGACAUGCGCGGCGAAAUAGUCCCGAAAAGGACCAGGUAUUGCUCCAGCUUCUUGAGAAGGUUCCAUUGCAAGAGUAG